AUGUCUUUAGUCGAGCCUAGGACAACCAAAGAAGCACUUAUGAAGCCUAACUUAAUCAUUGCAAUGCAAGAACAACCAUCUGAGUUUAAAAGAAACAAUGUUUGGAAAAUGGUACCGAAGCCAAAAGGCCAUACAAUCGUUGAUACCAGAUGGGUAUACAAAAAUAAGUUAGAUGAAUCUGGUGCGGUGGUGAGAAAUAAAGCUCGUAUGGUUGCCAAGGGGUAUAGUCAACUUGAAGGUGUUGACUAUGAUGAAAUGUAUGCCCCUGUAGCAAGAAAUGGAAUCAAUACGCAUUUUCUUAGCAUACGUUGCACACUAAAACAUCAAAGCUCAUCAAAUGGAUGUAAAAAGUGCCUUUCUGAAUGGAGAACUGAAAGAGGAAGUCUAUCCACAACAACCUCCAGGCUUCAAAAGUCUAGAAUUUUUAGAUCAUUGCUACAAGCUGGAGAAAGCAAUAUAUGGUCUUAA